AUGCCGGAGGUAGGGGUCUAUCCUGCGAGUGAAAUCAAUGCGUUUGCUACCGGACCGGCCAAUGGAACUUUAAUCGCCUUUUCUAGUAAUUUGGUUAACAUUAUGAACAAAAGAAAAGAAAAUGAAGAAGCAAGUGCCGGACAAAUUAUCAGAAAAUUUUUUCUUGUAAUCUUAUUUCACAUAAUUACCGCUAUUUUUCGUUUAAUCGGAAUUAUGGUUAUUCUUUGGUAUAAUCGAAAGCGAGAAUAUGCGGCUGAUUUAAAAGGAGCCGAAAUAAUAGGAGUAAAUGAUAUGUUGUCAACCCUCCGAAAACUCUUGGCUUUGGAAAAUAAAAGUUGGGUGGUAGAUGGGAUAGAUUUAACCGAAGAUGAGAACGUUCAAGGAGGAGAACCCAAUUCUAUUUCUUUGUUAAAAUUUAAUCCGGAAAAGAAAAAACGGGGUCUGUUGGACUUGUUUAGAACUCACCCUACUUUGGAAGAUAGAAUUGAAAGGUUAGAAAAGUUGAAAAGUAAAAAGAAUAACGUUGGAGUAGUCUAA